ACAAAGGAGGGAAAAUGAGCCGGGCGGCGGCGGCGCGGCGCGGGGCCACCACGGCGGCGGCGAGCGCGGCCGCCCCCGGCACCACGUAAACCGCCCCCGCCCGCCCAGCCGCGGCCCAGGCCCGAGUGGAGCCUGCCGCCUGCAGCCGUCCGCCCGCCUGCAGCUCGCCUCCUCAGCCCUAAGCGUCGCCUCCCGGCCCGCCGAGGAGGUGGAGGAGGAGGAGGCGCUGCUUUGCCCGCGGCGCGCGCCCUCGCUGUUGUCUGAGCUCUGCUCUGGACCAGUUUGGGGAAGUUGCCCCGCGUCACCCAGAUGUGCGACCUCAUUGAGCCGCAGCCAGCCGAGAAGAUCGGCAAGAUGAAGAAGUUGCGGAGAACUUUGUCAGAGAGUUUCAGCCGCAUUGCUUUGAAGAAAGAUGACACCACCUUUGAUGAGAUAUGUGUCACAAAGAUGUCUACACGGAAUUGCCAGGGAAUGGACUCAGUGAUCAAACCCCUGGACACAAUUCCUGAGGAUAAAAAAGUCAGAGUUCAGAGGACACAGAGCACUUUUGACCCAUUUGAGAAACCAACUAAUCAAGUAAAGAGGGUGCAUUCUGAGAACAAUGCUUGCAUUAACUUUAAGACCUCCUCCACUGGCAAAGAGUCACCUAAAGUUAGGCGGCACUCCAGCCCCAGCUCGCCAACAAGUCCCAAAUUUGGAAAAGCUGACUCAUACGAAAAACUGGAAAAGCUAGGGGAAGGAUCUUAUGCUACAGUAUACAAAGGGAAAAGCAAGGUAAAUGGGAAGUUGGUAGCUCUGAAGGUGAUUAGGCUGCAAGAAGAAGAAGGGACACCUUUCACAGCUAUCAGGGAAGCUUCUCUGUUAAAAGGACUAAAACAUGCUAACAUAGUGCUACUUCAUGACAUCAUCCAUACCAAGGAGACGCUGACCCUUGUGUUUGAAUAUGUGCAUACUGAUUUAUGUCAGUACAUGGACAAGCACCCUGGGGGGCUGCAUCCAGAUAAUGUGAAGUUGUUUUUAUUUCAGUUGCUGCGAGGGCUGUCUUACAUCCACCAGCGUUAUAUUUUGCACAGAGACCUGAAACCACAGAACCUUCUGAUCAGUGACACGGGGGAGUUGAAGCUGGCAGAUUUCGGUCUUGCAAGAGCAAAAUCCGUCCCUAGCCACACAUACUCCAACGAAGUGGUUACCUUGUGGUACAGACCUCCAGAUGUCCUUCUAGGCUCAACAGAAUAUUCCACCUGCCUUGACAUGUGGGGAGUAGGUUGCAUCUUUGUUGAAAUGAUCCAAGGAGUUGCUGCUUUUCCAGGAAUGAAAGACAUUCAGGAUCAACUUGAACGAAUAUUUCUGGUUCUUGGAACGCCAAAUGAGGACACAUGGCCUGGAGUUCAUUCUUUACCACAUUUUAAGCCAGAACGCUUUACCCUGUACAGCUCUAAAAACCUUAGACAAGCGUGGAAUAAGCUCAGCUAUGUGAACCAUGCAGAGGAUCUGGCCUCUAAGCUCCUACAGUGUUCCCCAAAGAACAGACUAUCGGCACAGGCUGCCUUGAGCCACGAGUAUUUUAGUGACCUGCCCCCACGGCUAUGGGAACUCACCGAUAUGUCUUCUAUUUUUACUGUCCCAAAUGUGAGAUUGCAACCAGAAGCUGGAGAAAGCAUGCGGGCCUUUGGGAAAAACAAUAGUUACGGCAAAAGUCUAUCAAACAGCAAGCACUGACGAGCAGCACAUUCUCAAGAGUGCACAGGAUUAAGUUGUCAUCAUUCUGGGAAGAAAAAAAAAAAAACAUUAAUGAAGUGGCCAAUAAUAUGAAGGGAAUCUUGGAUCAGUUUUCUUUCGCUCCCUGUGGUGAAUUUCACUCACAAGAAAGUUGAAGCUGGCAAGACCCUGUUUUCUCUGCAAUUUAUUUAAAACUUUGCAUGCAUUUGGAUACCUUGUGAUUUCCAAGAACUAUGUGAAGAUUAAGCUUUGCUUACUGAUACAUGGCAUGUGUUCUUUUCAGUCUUUUGUGUUUGAUUUUGUUUGAUUUCCCUCUGUAGCGCAGCGUCUCUGUAAAGGUUUUUGUGUUUUCACCAGCCAUGUGUUAAAUACAUUAAGACAACACAUUUGGUGUUCACACUUCUUCAGUAAUGUCUGUACUUGAAAGCCACAGAGUGGCAUAAAACGAUGUGUGUUUUCUUUGAGAGCAGUGCACAUUUUGCAAUCACUAUGAAGGAAAUUUUCUGCUAAAGCAAACCUCUGUUCUUUGACUUGACAACUUGGCCCCUGACUGUGGGGCCCCACCUGUAGCUUACCUUUUGAGAACAUUUGCAAAUGUGGUUUUUUUUUUUUACUUGGAAAUAACUGCACAUUUAUAUAUAGGAUAUUGGACUGUGCUUAGCAUUUUCAAGCCACAUAGCAUGACUGUUUUUUGAAUAGGUUGAAAGAGAAAAAAACAAUUAUCAAACAUUAAGAGCAAAGACAGGGAUAAAUUGCUUAUGUUUCAGCUUCUGGAGAUUGAGGUAACUGUGUUUUUUUCCAUCCAUUCUGUUACACUUUGCAUUUUCUAACUGGAGGAAAGAGUGAGGAACAGAAUGUUUUAAACCUGGUGCAAAAGAACUGUAUCUGUUGGAUGAGCCUUGAAAGCAAUCUUGGCUGGUUAAGGCUUGCAAAGUAAAUUACGUAGUUAUCCAGUUCACGGUUUGCUCAGUUACAACAAAGCACCUUUUUAAAAAAUUACAUUAAAAAAAAUUCCAAGCCAUUGGAAGACAUCAUUGGGUUCCUUACUUUAAGACAUCUCCUGGAAUAACUGUUCAAAUGUAGAUUUGAGAAACAAGGCAGGAAUCUUGCUUUAAAGAUGGAAAGGGGAUUGGCGCGGUUUCCUUUUUUCAGGGGUUUGGGGGCUCUUGGGGGUUGCGGGUGGUUUUUUGCCCUUGGGGAAAGUGGGCCCGGGCGGUUUUUUUGUUUUAUUUUGGGGGGGGGGUUGCUUGCUGCGGGCCGGUUCCCGUUGGGGCGGGCUUCCUUGCGGAUUGCCCAUUGUUCUUGCGGCCAAGGGGGCGUUUGGGGGCUUUCUUUUAAGGGUUGAACCUUGGUUCUUUUGCCCCCAAUUUCUUCCAAAAUUCCUUUUUUUUCCUUGUUUUUCCUUUUUCUUUUUGUUCGGAAGGAGGGGGGGAUUGGUUGGUUGUUUGAAUUUUUUCUCCUUUUUUUGGGUUGAGGCUUGGGAUUUAGGGGCAGGUUUGAUUAGCCUUUUUUUUGGGGUUUGGUUGGGGUUAAGGUUUUUUUUUAUUCAGGUUCAUUCCCGGAGGGAACUUGACUUCGGACUUCUUAGGUUUUAAAUUGUUCUUUUUUCGGGGUGGUGUUUUGGUUGUUUUUUUCAGGUUCUUGUUUCUUCUUUCCCGGUUUUGGCUUUCUUUUUAACUUUUUAGGCUUUAGGAACGGAUUUUUUUCUUGUUUGUUUUAAAGAGAGCAGAAAACACCCAAGUGUAGAAUGUCUACUGUUUGCUACCUAGAAAUCUUUUCCAUUCCUCCUUCAUACAUUCCAACCCACUGGAAGUCUUUAGAGGUAUUUUAAUUUAAAGUAUACUUAAAUUAGGAUUUCUUAAAAAAUAUAUAUAGGGAGAAAACUUUACAUGCAAUUAAAAAUGGCCUUUCCUGUGACUUGUUUUGAAUCAUUCAUUUGGAGAAGAGGCAUGACUUUUGUAUUUCACUAAGUCUAAAGCAAGAGCAACUGAUAGUUAAAUGUUGCUUUUUAAUAAGGUUUUGAACUUGAAAAUUUGAAAAUAUUUAAUGUUGAAAGACUUCAACUAGGACUAUUAGAGAUGCAUGUCCCUGUCAUAGGCAGCUUCUGUGGAGAAGUUAAAUAUUAUACUGAUCAGUGGAGAGAAAAUUCUGUUUUGUUACAGAGACAUACCUCUCACAAGGUCAGGAGGUUUUGAGUACCCUAUACUUGCCAUGCAUACAGGAAAUCCAAAGUUUGGUUUCUCUCUCUUCCUCUCUCUCUCUCUCUCCCUCUCUCCCUCCCUCCCUCCUACCCCUGGCCCCUCUUUCUCCCUCCCUCUCUCCUUCCCCUAUUUGCAAUCAUGAUCUCCCUUGGUUUCUUUCCUCUUCUGCCCUCUUUGUGGGCAGUCAUGAAAAUCAAUACAGACUGUGUUCAUUAGCAGAUUUAUUAUUCUAUUAAGAAAGCGCUGGAAUGUUUUGUAAGAUUAUUUUUAUAAGAAGGAAUAUCUUGAACUCAAACAGAUGGUAAGAAUAGUACAAACACCUUAGCACAUCGCUGCACACACAGUAUUCUGAAAGGAGAUUUGACCCUUAAUUUCCAUUUUCUUAAAAGAACAGUUUGGUUGAUUUUAAAAUAUACAUAGGAUGUGGAAAAAAAUGUUUGCAGCGCUCAGCAAAAAAUAGGGGACAUAAGACAGGGUGGCUGUCCAUCCACUGAUGCAGGGGUGAGAAGCGAUUUCUACCUCCCAAGAGUGAUUAGAAAGUUUCCAGGAGCCCUCUGACUUACAAAGAAAGUGAGGCCUCUUGGUAUCCAUUCCUCGGUGUGUAUAUGACAGCCAGUAUAAUCAGUACCUUUGGUUAUGCAUUUAUAUGAUACUCAUCUGUGAAUAUUAUUGGUUUUGUAAUCUUUGUUAUAUAAGAGGCUAUUUAAGCUGUCUAUACUGGGGUAGAUGUUGCCUGCCUCCUAUACAUAGGAAUAUGAUGCAUAACUGUGCAUAAGUUCCAUCUACUUUACUGGCCUGUAGACAGAAGAAAUGUAUAUGUUAUUGCCCUGUAAUUUUCUCAUACACCAAAAACACACAGAAAAAAAUCAAUAAAAUAAGCAAUCUUCUAUUCUCAUUCCUUUUCCCACAGCAGCAUAUUUUAGAGGCACAUACAAAACCUACAUUCUCAGUUGGGAGUGGAUUUUUAAGUUUUCCCUUUAUGUUUUAUUUAUUUAUUUUUUUGUAUGAUGCGCUGAGAUGUGUACUUUCUAACAGGGGAUUGGUACCUAAGAAAUAUGUUAGCAUUAUUCAGAAAACUAUUAUACUUUCAAAUGACACAUAGUAAGGAGAAUGGAAUAAUACAUGUUGCCUAUUUGUUACCAGUUGUAAUUUGUCUGUAUUAUGAAAGAUGUAAUGGUUUGUCAGCUGUCACUGUUGUUUUCUUGUAACAUGAUAUGGAAUAAAGUAUAGCAGAAUCUCCA